AGCUAACUUCAUUCGUUUGAGAGAAAAAAGUAAAUGUUCAUUCUUGUCACUGAUGUCUGAUGAUGUCAACAAUAGAGUGAAGAGACCUUUCCUUGGCUGGCAAUUUUGGAUUAAACUGAUUUCAGGAACUUGAAGUUCUGCCAAUACCCAGAGGGGGAUCUCAAGCCUCAAGGAACUAAUCAAGCUUGUAUCAAACAGUGUCCCGAAGAUGAAUACGCUGCUCGUAUCGGCUGUGCCAGCCUUCGAGUCUGGCAACCAGACCGAAAUCUGCAACAAGCUGCAAGAAUUCACAAAAGAGAAUGCUGGUACAUUCUCUUUCACAGAUGUGCAAUUGGAAACCAAAAAGAAAUUUGUUGGCGAUGUUGUCACCAUGCUGGAGGCAACGGACAGCUGGGAAUGCCAGUUACUGUGUCUGGAAUCGCUCAAGAUAUUCAGUCGGGAUAAAUACAACAUGCUGCAGCUGGAACAGAAGGAAUGCGUGCACCUUCUGGCCAAACUGGCCGGCCUUAGUGAAGAACCAAAGGAGUGUGAUAUUAAAGUUGUCACAGAAGCCCAGAAGUGCCUGUGUAAUCUCGUGUUCAACAAUGCCAACGUGCGGACAAUAUGCAGUGAGAGCACGUGUGUAGAGAAGAUCCUAGCCCGUACAAAGCGAUACUCUGACUCCACGGUAACAUGGGAAACCAAGUUCUACGACAUGAGACUACUCUUCUUACUCACGGCACUCACUCCUGAUCUGAGGGCGAAGAUUCGAACAGAACUCUCGGGAAUCGAGAUCUUUACCGGUCUGCUGGAGACGGAGGUGCUUUGUGACAUUGAAGACAGGGAGAGCAUGGGGACAAUGGGGGCUUCAGAGAAGAGAGAAAUCAUCACAGCAGCUCAGGCCGACCUGGCCGGAGAGAUACUCAAGACGUUCUUCAAUAUUAUCGUACAUGUCAAGGUGGAGGACUUACAAGGGGAGGAUGACACAGUUUGGAAGAGACUUGGUAUUUCAUUCCGAGCACUGCUGCUCUCAGACGCAGAGAACGAGGAGAAGACAGAGGCUUAUCACAGCCACACAGUCAACAUGUUAACCUUGCCACUACCCAAACCCUGUGUAAUGCAACUCAUCCCGGAGCCCCAGGGAGCGACCGGAGGAUCGUCCACUUACCAUGGUUACAGCAUGGAUCUCAUCGCAGCUAUACUCAAAUUCCUGGAGAAGAGGAUAGAAAAGUGUGGUGUCAAAGAUGGAAAGCAAUAUUCUCUCGUGGAGCAACUCAACCCUGCGAUCAGCGCCCUCUGUGUCCUGUCUCGGUGCAACCGCUAUAUAAGAAAACAUCUCAAAGAACAGGUCUUGCCACCAUUAAGAGAUGCCUCCCUCCUACCUGAAGAAGGAGAUUCACUUAGAAACAAGUUGGUGCGCUUUAUGACAAACCCGUCAACUGAAAUCAAAGAAUCAGUGGCUGAUUUCAUCUUUAUUCUCUGCAAGGAAUCAGUUUCAAGAAUGGUGAAGUAUACUGGAUACGGCAAUGCUGCUGGCAUGCUUGCAAGGAGGGGGCUACUUCACGGCGGGAGGGGUAACACUGAUUACAGCGAUAGCGACGGUGAUUCAGACAGCGAUACAGAAGAAUACAGGGAAGUCAGGGACAGGAUAAAUCCCAUUACAGGGAGAGUAGAGGAGGAUAAACCGGACCCCAUGGAAGGCAUGUCAGAGGAACAGAAAGAGUUCCAUGCCAGAGAACUAGCAGUGAUGAUCACUAAGAUGGCCAAUGAGGGCGUUAUCACUCCCAUGGCUGUCGGACAAGAUGGCCGCCUCAUCUCGAUGCAAGAGAUCAUGGGUCGCGCUGAGGCCGUUGAGAACCAAGAAAACGGCAACGGCGAUACAGAUGGCGACUGAUCCGACCUUGUCCUCAAAAUUGGCCGAUCUACGUCGGUCAAGCUUUUGAACUUCUUUGAAAGACAAAGGGCUGGUCACCUGUCGAUGAUAUAUCAGUGUGUUCCUACAGGAAACCAGGGGGGGUUGUUUCACAAAGACUAAGAUUGACUUUAAGUUGGACUUGAAUAUGGCAGACCAUUCAUGCAACAUGGUUGCUCCCACCAUUAUGAUCUUCAGGUAAUAUUUUUUUCCUUCAAUAAUGAAUAUUCAAAUGAUGUAAAUUCUGUAGAUUUGUGACCAUGAUUUGCAUGACCCUUGAGAGACAAAUGUCCGUAAAUGGUGAGAGAGAACUGAGGCAUGAACGGCCUGCCAUAGUUAAGUCCAACUUAAAGUUGAUCUUAGUCUCUGUGAAGCACUUCCCUGUAAAGUAAUGCAGUCACUUACCUGGAAUUAGAAAUUAAGCAGUUACCCCUUUCAGAAUAUAACGAGUCUGUUUCUGCAGGAGUGCAAUUCCAUCAAAGGGAGAUGGAAGUUAGUUUCCAUGUACAGAAGGUCAUAUAAAUCCGCUGACACCAGACUUGGUAGAAAUACCGUUAAUGGGUGUACAAGUCUAGCACACAGCGAACCUGUGGUCCCAUCAAGAAAUACCCCUUAGUCUCUCCAAGAGUCUUCGGGUAAGGGAAAUGUAAAAUAGUUACUUUUCCAUAUGGGUCGAUUAGUUGAAAAUGCAGAGCAUUACAUAAGGCCUGUUGGUCAUAAAACUGAAAUUUAAUCCUGGGGAUUAACAGCACAUGUUAUUGGGUGAAUUUCCCAUGAGCCCACUACUAUGUGUAUCUACUGUUUUAUUGGAUUAUUAUGGUGUAAUUCCACGGAACAUAUACCUGGAAAUAAUCCAUUAGACCGGAAAAGGAGUGGUAUUUUAAAAUCCUGUAGGAAACAUGCCAUAUGAUAAGGAUAACACUGGCAGGAGUGAUAAACGGUCUAUUUAAUGGUUUUAUUGGAUUAUGGUGUGUUUCCACGGAACAUAUACCUGGAAACAAUCUGUUAGACCCGGAAAGGAGUGCUAUUUUGAAAUUCCCUAGAAACAUACCAUAUGAUUACGAUAACAUUGGCAGGAGUGAUAAACGGUCUAUAUAGAAAAUGUAUGGUGCUUGCUGAUACAUGCUAAUUAGCCUUCAGCGCCGACUUUUCUUGGAUCCAUUUUUAUCAUUUCCAUAAUCGUCAUUAUAUCCUUCAUUUGUGACCAGCCCUAAAUUGAGGAUAUUACUGUAUAAACUAUCCCUUGUUCACCAACAGACUUCAGUA